UGGUCAAGGCGAGCACAUGUAGGCUGAUGGAAAUUUAUGUUAUUUAACCCAACAUCUGUUACCCAAGGGGCUACCUGAGUUGUGAGAAUAGAGAAAUAUCCGGGUGUUUGAUGUCGGUGUACACUGUACAUGUCCUUAGACCACACGAACAUAUGACUGAUUGGCUGAUGGAGUAUAGGCCCUAUUGAUUACAACACCCACUCCGGCACACCAGAGAUUCCCAGAGAUGCGUACACAGCCCUCAGGAGAGGUCGGCGGGAGGAUUCGUUGAUGCUUUCUCUUUGUUAACUAAAGCUUGACAGACAUAUCCAGCAGACAGGGGGAGCACCUCCCCCAACCCCCACCACAAGUCCGUUUCCGGCUGGGAGGGAAUGACCGGGAGUUUCGCAAGGAGCUGGUGAGGAUUGCCCGGCCAGUGAAUAGGAGACUAGACUAAGAUACGCAAUGGCGCUAAUUACCGCACUGAGAGCUAGGGGCGGCGUGUCUCGGCUCUUCAUCGGUCUGACAUGCCUGGUCAUCAGCGUGCAGUUGCUGUUCACACUUCUCACAUGGGAUGGGAAAGGAGUACAACAGGCUACCGUUAAGUCCUAUGAAUUCGGAUUGGUCAAUAUGGGUCAUUACGGAUAUGGGUCCUCAGAGACGGCUUCAAAGACUUGCAGUUGUGGCGUUGAGCAAGCUGUAGAUAUGGAUAAAGCCAGGUUACUGGGGAAGCCUAGGAAAGACAAAGGAUUUCUCACUAUCGGAAUACCGACAAUAAAACGUCAAAACGGGACCUAUCUAUUCAGUACGCUCGACUCGCUCGUCAACCGUACGUCUACCGAUGAGCAGAAGGAAGUGGUGCUAGUGAUAUUCCUGGCUGACUUCGAUUUGGCAAUCAAAGAGGAAAUGGCGCGCCAGAUUGAGCAAAAAUACGGCAAGUAUUUGGAGGAUGGUUUCAUGCACGUCAUUGGUGCGCCCAAGUCAUUUUACCCCCGCCUCGAGAACCUCAAAAGGACUUACAAUCAUCCGGAAAGCCAAGUAAAAUGGCGGUCUAAACAGAACUACGACUACGCCUACAUGUUCAAGUACAGCGCCAGGUUGUCGACUUACUACAUGCAGAUUGAGGAUGACGUUGAAACCAUGAAAAAUUACCUGACGGCCAUUAAACAUUAUAUCAACGACCAAAAAACACCCUGGGUGUGUCUAGAAUUCUCCACGCUAGGUUACAUCGGGAAACUCUACCAUUCCCACGACAUUGAUAAACUGGCAAAAAUGCUAAUGUUGUUUUAUGAAGAGCAACCCCCGGACUUCCUGUACCUGUAUUUCAACGUCUUCCUUACUCAGUUCCAGCAACGGUUGCGGGUUCCAACCUUAUUUCAACACAUGGGGUACCAUUCCUCUCUUCCUAAUAAAAUUCAACCAUUGAAAGACAAACUUUUCGACAAUACUGUGAAAAAGUAUCAUGGUGACAACCCGCCCGCGUCUAUGUAUACAAACUUACAAAUAUUCGAACCAUUUUUCCCCAUGUCGGCUUACAGUCUUGCCGAUGGCUUUUUCUGGGCGAAAGAAUCUAAAGCUGGUGACAGCGUUUUAUUGGUGUUCGACCGACCCGAGAAGUUGUCCAGCAUUGUUGUGGACACAGGCUCCGAGUUUCACCGGGACGACAAAAUCACCAAUGGAACUCUGGAAGCGGCAGUGACUUUGAUGAAGAAAACGGCAGAUAAAGCCGAGUGCACCAAUUACGUGCAUUUAGCAGAUUUUACCGAGGGCAGUGUUCGUGUUGACAAUUUACCAAAGAUUGUCCCUUUCGACAUAUUUUGUUUCCGAAUUAGGUUAACCGCGGAUCAUUCCAACUGGUUAAUAAUUAGGGAAAUAGCGGUAUUCAGGUAACCCAGAUCUCGUCACGUAUGGUUUUGUGUUUAUGCAAAAAAAGAUUUAUAUAUUGCUGUAUGAUAGCGUUUAUGUCACGUGUAUGUGUGGUAUAACCUUAUUUUUUUAACGAAAAUGUCAUAACUUCGUUAGUUUGCGUUCGCGGAAAGGCAAACGCGAAGUGCAUGGUAUUUCAAAUUGUUUUAACAGUGGUAUGUGUGUUACAAAAUGCGUGUGACGAAAAAUAUGUGGCAAAAUGUCUGUGGGCAAAUAUGUGACAAAAAGGACUUGACUUUAAUCCUGUCUUUACAUGUUUAGCAAAUAUGUCUUUGGGGGUUUUAUCCGAGUAGUGAAUUGACGUGGCUACAAACGUCUUAUCCACGACGCUUUUUAAAGAUUAUGUUGCUCAAAGCCCCCUAUACUUUUUCAAAUGGAAUGUAAGGUCCUUUUUGGAUUUUACUGAUCAGUUAGAAAUCUUUGUUUGAUAUAUACAGACAUUAAAAAUUUAAUGUAUCAGUCCAUUACAUGUAUUCUUUUAUUUAUUUUAAAUUUGGUGCGGUAUAACUUCGGACGCCCAUAACUUCGGAGUGUUCGGACGCCUAAUUAAAUCUCGAAUGCCCUCUGAUUGAGGCUAUAUUACAUUACAAUGAACAUCAAAUUCAAAAUAUGAAAAAUUUAUAUUUGGGUAAAUAGAGCAUUCAAAGGCUGUUUCCACGGGCUUAUAGCAGUAACUCCAUAAACCAUCUUAAUAUCUUGGCACGUUAUGAAAUAUGCAAAAGUGUAUGAAGCAUGUUUCUUUGUCAACUUUUUCCAUUGUUAAACUGAACAAAAGCUCGUAUGUUCUGUAGGAUGCAUUAUAAAUGUGGUUAAGCUGCAAUACUGUAUAUCACAGUGACAUUUCUUUAUAUAUGUAUGACCACAUUUUAGCCCUGAACGUUUCCUGACUUGAUUCUGCACAAUACAUGGACUGCCUGUGUCUGUCGAUUGUUCUCAUUUCCUAAAUUUCUAUGUAUCAGACAACUGUGCGUACCAGUGCUAUAUAAAACCACGACAUUGUAAAAUCCUAAACUUAUCUCUACUCAACGAUUGCAUGUGUACCUCUACCCCAAGGUUUGUAUCCACGACAAUACAAUGGUAACAUUCAAAGUCAAUUGGAAUGCAGGUUCUGAGGGAAAGUUCCUUUUCCGUGGCAGUAUACCAAUUUUCUAUCACGAAUUCUGUGUUUUCACGACGACGACAAUUCAAAUUAUUAUAUAGACUUACAGCAACCAGAAGUAACAACAGUGUAGUAAAUGGAAAAUGGUCACGCGUAACCGGUGAAACACGGCAUCUUGUCAAUUUACCUCAGAUAUAUAGGGUUUUAUUCUAACUGUUCAUGUAAAUGCUUAAAUAGUAGUAAAUGACACACCCUCUAUAACACGAUGGCUCACUCUGAAUUAGAUGAAAAGAAAGGCAGUCAUGUUAUUUGGCGUUGGAAUUUAUAGUAUACUUUAGUAUUCCACCGAUAACCAGAUUAACAUUUAUGGCUGUUGGUUAGUAUUACAUGCAAAAGAAAAUUAAAUUGAUUGAUGGAACCCUUGAGCUUGAUCACCAGAUUCUAUUCCGUCUUCUUGUGUGACUUAAUUUCCUGUUGAGUUAAUGCUGUUGAGUACAUCCUGGUGGGUGCCAUGUAGUAAGCCCCCUGCGGACAGGUUACCGGCCUCGGUAAGACCGAUAUAUCGGAUCCAAAUCACAGUGAUGCCAGCUGGCCGUUCACCGAACCUACAAUGGCAUUCUUGACUGGUGUUGUAUAGGAAAUGAAACAUCACUAUGUCACUAAAAAGACACAGUGU